AUGAUUCUUUAUCAGGAGGGGAAAAAUCAAUCUGUGAAGUUUUCCAUACAGCUUGAAAAUGCUCUGAGUGAUGAUGUAAUACUACUAAAGGGUGAACCCUUUGACGCACCAUCAGUAUUGCUGAGUGGGAAACUUAUCUUAGAAUUGACUGAGCCUCUACCUGUUAAUUCAAUGCAAGUACGUCUCUUGGGGAAAAUUCGUUUGAACGUUCCCUUCAAACGAGAGAAUAGUAAAGAUGUUAAUUUCUUGCGGUACGAACGUUACUUCCUUCAGAAAACUUGGAAUAAGCUGAAACUGGAGAGUGUCCUUUCGCUCGGUGGGAAAUCGAAUCAAAAUGAAAAGAAAAAUAAAUUGAAGAGUAUUUUGACUUUUUGGAAACUGAGUUCAAAGAAACGUAAGCCAAAUGUUCAUAUACUCGGUAAGGGACGUCACGAAUUUCAUUUUAGCAGAGUUCUACCUGGUGACUUUGCCGAGAGUUUAUAUGGUCACCCUAAUGUGUUCAUAGCGUACCAAUUGGUUGCAUCAAUUUCACAAAAUAAGGGCAAACCGGAUAUUGUAUGCCGCCAACCGGUCAGAUUUAUUAGAACUUUGAAUAUACAAUCCCUAGACUUGAUGCGGCCAGAGGUAACGGAAGAAAUUUUUUUCGAUAUGGUUGGAAUUUGUGCUAGUAUUCCUACCAAAGCGGUUGCCUUAGGUACCACUACACAAAUAAAUUGCAACAUAAGACCGUUGGCCGAAGGAAUAUCCCUCCAUCGUGUUGUGACCACAUUGGUUGAAACAGCAUUCUAUAAACACCGUGUGGAUAACGUUCAGAAGAUUCGCAAGAUUACAAAAUUACGGAUCAAAGAUCCUUCUCGCAAUGCUAUAAAGACGUUUACAGAAGAAAAACAGGAAGCUUGGAAGUUGAAUUUUGAUUUUGAGAUACCAAAAAAUUUGACAAAAGUUACGCAAGACUGCCGUAUACUUGAAACAAUAAAAGUCUUUCAUCAUUUAGAGAUAAAGAUGCUUUUUGUGAAGCCCAACGGAAAAUUGAAAAAAUCGACAAUAAACAUACCAAUCACACUGUAUAUCUCGGAUUGUAUUGCCUUAGCGACACAGCAUCGCGAAUAUUUCCGAGAACCACCACUGAAAUAUCGUUUACCACCUUUGGAUAAAGAGAAGAGUGACCACUCUUGCGAUCAAUUCAUAUUCGAUAACGGGAGACUGUGGUAUUUGCUGUCUUCAAAACCGCAAAACUUAAUUAAUAAUGAUUUGGUAUCGCAGUUGUUGAUACCACCAAAUUAUUACCGGCAUCACUUCGAUAAAAAGAUUGAAUGGUCCCGACCAUGUACCGGAGAAAAUUAUUUGGAACGCGCUGAAGAUACCAUCGUUAAAGUUGUUGGAACACUUCAACACCUAAAUGAAAGGCAAACAUUUCCCCCGUCAUACGAACACAUUAACCUGGGAUAA